AUGCACCUUUGCUCCGGCGCCACUGCAACGGGCAACACAGCAGUCGCCGCCGACGGCGGCAUCACGGGCGCAUCUCUCCUCCGUCAAGCCGUACAUGCAGCCUCCAGGGAAGGCAAGCCCCUGGCCCUGAACUUCAUCGCCCAGAUGCAACCCAUUAUGGCGAACAACCCGUACGGUGUUAGCAUGCCACAUCAGCAUCCCUACGGGCCGCGGGCUUCAGCGUUUUACGGUUUUAGAAUUUUAGGGUUUAGGGAAGUGAAAAAAAAGCGGAAACCGGUUUGGGACGUAUACCUUGGCGACGGGGCUAGGGGGAGCCAGAGUGCAUCUAUGGAAAAAGAUGUAUGUGAUGCGUUGAACGCACUGGACCUGGAACGGGACAGCCCAAUGGCCACAGAGGACACAGAGGACACUACGGGGCCCCGGGCGCUGAAGAGGGGUCCUGUUCAGGAAAUGCCGCACCAGGAUAAGAUUGCGGAGUUUUUCAAGUGUUGGAAUGUGAUUGUUCCUGGACGUUACGGCAAAACUCUCAUCCGCUGGCCGGUCACUAGCUGGGGAAAGGUGAAACGCUCGCCACCUCACAAGGCAUUUGGAUUUGGUCCCCCUGCAAAUCCGUCAACUUUUACUACUGGGUUCUGGUUACAAUUGUACGGCGCAGGUGUACGGCAAGCUGUUGCAAUGAUAACCGCCAUGGAGCACCAGCUAGGGUGGGAGAGGUCGCGGAGGCAGCAGGCGGAAGAGGACUGUAAGGUACUUCUGGCGGCGGUACGAAUGGAGCGAGGUGUGGGCGAUGCACUGCUGAGUGCGGAGGAGAGACGGCGCGCGGAGGCGGCGGAGGCGGCCAACAAGCUGACACUGGCGGCGGACGAGCUGCCGCAGGCCAGCGAGGCCGCCACCACCAUCCAGAAACACGUGCGUGGUCGCCUGGCGCGAAAGGAGUUCGAGUCCCACCUCCGCGACAUUCUUCGCGGUGUGGACCCUUCCCUGGACCCCGCCGCACUACCGCUAGCAGCCCAGACCCACGUCAGCCAUGUUAACACCCUGGGAGCCCCGCGUCGGCUGGGGCUGCGGGCGCUGCUGGGGGAGGUAGUGGACAAGUCCUGGGCGGCGGGUGGUAGUGGUGGCGAUGGGACCGUCUCUGGCCCCAGCACCCUCCCUCGGGAUCAGCCCCACGAGGGCGCUACUGCCUACUACCGCCGCCAAGUGGACCGAAUCGGUCAGCGACUGGCAGGUCAUAGAGACGCCGGACAGCCGCACCUUGGGGAUGCCUCGGGCGACCCCCUCCAAGCCGACGUGAAGCAGCUGCUGUCGGGGAGCUACCCAGCUAGCAGUGCACAGGUCAUCGCGGCUCUGGUACGGCGCUGCCGGGAGCUUCAAGCUGCCUUGCUGGAGGCGGUGGGGGAGCUGCAGCAGGCGCAACUUACCAUUGAGGGUUUGAAGGAGUCCAAUUCGAAGGUUUCGGAGCUGAGCGCCUUGCAUGCCGACUUGGAGGCGGCCCGUCAAGACAACCUGCGGCUGGUGGCCACGGUGGCCAAGUUGCGAGCAGCGAUGGGGCUGCAGGGGCCGGGCGGGGCUGGAACUGGCGGCGGCGGCGCUGUGGCGGCGCGCGAGAACCCCUACCUGGCAGCGUGGUACCGGAAGGCAUAUGCAGAUAGCGAGUGGCAGCGGAUGCCACCGGGGGGGCCCGGCGGCGUGGCGCUCCUGGAUGGCCCUGAUGCGGCGGUGGAGACCUGGGGCGAUUUGAGGGCCUCGGUUCCGGAGCCAAUCAUGGUGCCCAAGGUUGCCGUACCCGGUGUCCAUUACCGGGAUCUCCUGAGCCUCAAGCAGCGGACGCCUAGCGGACGGUCAUGGAAACGAUGGUCCAAAGCUCCAAAACAUCUGUAUGUAGAUGAUUCAUGA